AUAUAGUCACCAUAUUGCGUCGUCUAGCCGAUAGAAUAAUCUCGUCAACAACAGUAUCCCUGUGUAUUGUUGCUAUACGAUCAUGCAUUGCCUACCGUUGUUACCAUGCCUGAUAGUUUUCACCAGUUGGGCUGCCAUAGCCCUCGCUAUAGGACCGCCGCCCGUCCAAAAUGCCAACCACAUAUUCAACACCAUUCACGCCUCCAUGCGACAAUGGGGCUCUUCACUACAUCAUAAUGGAAUGUCAUUCUUCCUCGCCUCCGUGCCGCAGGGGACUAAACUCUACCAUGGAGACUCACGUUCCGACACCAUCUCCGACAUCGGUUGGAUGGCCUUUGAUCCCGAACACGCGAUGGUGUUUGCUCGACCAUCGUCCAAGGCACCCAGAAUUCAAUCAACCGAAUCCGGCUCGCAGCAAGUGAUGGCUGCUAGUGAGAAAGACGAGGCGGGCUGGCUCCACACCUACGUGACGACGAACGAUCUGCAACUGGUUUACAUCGAUGGUACCUCGGCGGGCAAGUCACACAUAGGCACCCUGGACCUGCAAGAUCGGGUUCUUUUCGAGGAUAAGCUGGAGAGCGGAGGAGUGACCCAGGAGACACAGCGUGCUCGUGCGGCGUGUCAAAUUGCCCAGGAGGAAUGGGAUGGCCGGAUUGACGGCGUGAUUCGCAUGGCUGCCGGGUUCGAGAUCAUCCUCUGUCACCCCGAGCAGAUGCUCGAGCCGGUUCAUAUUGGCCGGGCCAAGUUCUCCAGUGGCAAUAAGGGAAAGCAGGGUGGCAAGCCCGGAGAAUUGCUUCGGAGUGUCACGUCCAGAUAUCAUGGCAUUGGGGGUGAUCGUGUGAUUGUCAAUUAUGAUGCCUUUGUCACGGCAUAUGACUAUGAUUUGGAUCUCGUUCCUCUCGGCAGCAAGCUGCCGCGUCUUGAGCAUCUUCCCGCUUCAUCGCUUGCACCCAUCCGGGACAACUUGACGGAACUGAUCAUGACACACGAUGCAACAGACCGGCUGGUAAACUGGCAAACAGUCGCGGACAUGGUUGUCGAGAAAUACGGCCGCACUCUGCGCAGCUUAACAUCCGGUUAUCAUGAUCAUGUCGCCCCCCUGCAGUCCAUCACCAAGGAGGUGCAGCGCAUAUUGUCUCCAUUCAUCGAUUAUGACAACGAAGACAUCGAGGGUGAGCUGGGGCAAUGCUCAACCCAAUUUCUCCCAGCCCAUGCACCCAAAGACUCACUCUCCUACCGUUCCGUCUACACCGUGACCCGCCGGAUUUGUUCCAGUCUCGUCGAGGUCUCUCAAGCCGAAGACCACCACACCGCCACCAACAUCCUCCAUGAUCUAAUGGACUACCUCGACUGGACCAUCUGGAAAGAAUGCCACGGGUGCCACGACGACGAAUUCUGUGCCAUUCCCAUCUGGCCUCAAGGCACACAAGAAGAUUAUGACCAUCCACACUGUCAAAAGUUCGAUAACGCCUACGAAGGGGUGAAUGACUACUGGGGCCCAGUGUGGCGGUGAAUCUUCGUUGCGCAAUGAUUUUCUACUCUAUCUAUUUCUGUGACUCCAGGCCUGGUGCAUACACAUUGUCUUUCACUUAAUUUGUUUCAACAUCAGAAUCUAUCUCCGAG